CCACUUCCGGGGCGGGUCUGCGGGACCCGGAAGUCGAUAGGGAACUCGGCCGAGAAGUCGGCUUCUAAAUCGUUUGCUGUCGUUUUUCCUCACUCGCUGGACCUGGCACUGCCACCGCUCCCGCCGCCAUGGGGAAACGGCAGCAUCAGAAGGACAAGAUGUACAUUACCUGUGCUGAAUACACUCACUUCUAUGGUGGCAAGAAACCAGAUAUCCCACAAGCAAAUUUUCGUCGCUUACCUUUUGAUCACUGCAGUCUCUCUCUGCAGCCCUUCGUCUACCCAGUCUGCACCCCCGAAGGAGUCGUCUUUGACUUGCUUAACAUCGUCCCUUGGCUUAAGAAGUAUGGGACCAACCCCAGCAAUGGAGAGAAGCUGGAUGGGAGGUCCCUGAUCAAGCUGAACUUUGCAAAGAACAAUGAAGGAAAGUACCACUGCCCAGUGCUAUUCACCGUGUUCACCAACAAUACCCACAUCGUAGCUGUCAAGACCACUGGCAAUGUCUAUACCUAUGAGGCAGUGGAGCAACUAAAUAUCAAGGCCAAGAACUUCCGAGACCUGCUGACAGACGAGCCCUUCUCUCGGCAGGACAUCAUCACCCUCCAGGACCCCACCAGUUUGGACAAAUUCAAUGUCUCCAACUUCUUUCAUGUGAAGAAUAACAUAAAAAUAACAGAUCCUGAUGAAGAAAAGGCCAAACAGGACCCAUCUUAUUAUUUGAAAAAUACAAACGCCGAGACCCGAGAGACGCUGCAGGAGCUCUACAAAGAGUUCAAAGGGGACGAGGUUCUGGCUGCCACCAUGAAAGUCCCAGAGAAGAAGAAAGUGGACAAGCUGAAUGCUGCGCACUAUUCCACCGGCAAGGUCAGCGCCUCCUUCACCUCCACUGCCAUGGUUCCAGAGACUACGCACGAAGCAGCUGCCAUCGAUGAGGAUGUGCUGCGCUACCAGUUUGUGAAGAAGAAGGGCUAUGUGCGGCUGCACACCAACAAGGGCGACCUCAACCUGGAGCUGCACUGCGACAUGACACCAAAAACCUGUGAAAACUUCAUCAAACUCUGCAAGAAGCAGUAUUACGAUGGCACCAUCUUCCACAGAUCCAUCAGGAACUUUGUGAUCCAGGGGGGAGACCCCACUGGCACAGGCACAGGUGGGGAGUCGUACUGGGGAAAGCCCUUCAAAGAUGAAUUCCGGCCCAACCUCUCGCACACGGGCCGGGGUAUCCUCAGCAUGGCCAACUCGGGGCCCAACACCAACAAGUCUCAAUUCUUUAUCACCUUCCGCUCCUGCGCAUACCUUGACAAGAAGCACACUAUCUUCGGGCGGGUUGUUGGGGGCUUUGACACACUGACAGCCAUGGAGAACGUGGAGAGUGACCCCAAAACUGACCGCCCUAAGGAGGAGAUCCGCAUUGACUCCACCACGGUGUUUGUGGACCCCUACGAGGAGGCUGAUGCUCAGAUUGCUGAGGAGCGGAAGAAGACGCAGCUCGAGGAGGUGGCCCCAGAAAGCACAGUGAAAACAAGCCAGCCCAAGCCGGGGAGCCAGGGCCCCCAGACGUACCGCCAGGGGGUGGGCAAGUACAUCAACCCGGCAGCCACGAAACGUGUAGCAGAGGAAGAGCCCUCAACCAGUGCAGUUGUCCCUGUAGCCAAGAAAAAACCCAGUCGAGGUUUUGGGGACUUCAGCUCAUGGUAGCAGCAGGGCCACAUCCAGGACUGCCCACCUCUUCGGCUCAGGACAGGACCAGGACCACACAUGGGAGAAGCCAGCCAGCGCCUGCUGUUACCAAUGGAUGUGCCAAAGGCCGCAGAGAGCUGGUGUGCCCCCUGACUCCCUGCCUCCCCACAUGCUCACUUGACCCCCAGCCCUAGCACCAGAGCUUCUAGGCCAGCCUCACCAGCGUUUCCAGACUUAAAAAUCCCUUAACUCUAUUUUUCUAUAAAUGUCUUUUAAAAAACAUACUUGCUUGCCUGCCCACCUUUUUUUUUUUCCAUUCCAUAGCCUGUGCCAGCCUGGUUUCCAUGCUCCUGACCUUGACACGGCUACCUCGGCCUUCCCAAAGUGCCUCUGCAGAAGGGUGGGGACAGCUGCCGCCUCCCACUGUCUGUCUCCUUUGGCCCCAAGGCUGUCCACUCCUCACACCCACUCCUAAGGCCUAUGGUCUAAAGGUCAGCACAGGCCACCACUCUUUCCAGCUUGUCCUUGGUUCUUCCCCUCACCCAAACUUCAAAUUCCAGAACAUGCUGGGGGGCUCUUCUUUUUCCAUCUCUGAUGCUGAACCCCAGGUCUAAGACCCUUACCUCUCACCUGCAUCUGUUCAAGCCCCUUGUGCACAUCCACACAGGUCAUAUCUGUGUCACCUGCCUAAAGCUCAUCAGCCUGUGGUCAUCCUGCUUCAGGCCUGCCACCGGCUUUCCUCUGUGCUGAGAACAAGGCUGAGCCGCACAGGCACCCUGUGCCUCUGCAAUCCCUUGCCUGUGACCAUAGCUGGAACCAGGGACCUGGGCUCUAGGGAGUGACCUCUCAGCCUCUGCCUUUGGCCCUCAUCCCUCUUCAUGACCUCCUCACCACUACCCUCCCAAUUAGUGAAGGGCUUACACUCCAGUGUUUGUGCCUGAAAUGUAUCCCAAGAGUCUGGUUCACCCAGGAGGAGAGGGCUGGAUGCAGUGACAGCCAUGUAAACGCACUUGCAGGCCACUGACUAGUCGCUCGUGGACUCUGGGUACGUGGGGGUGAAGAGGGAGUCCCAGAGGGCUCCUAACCCCUCAGCGUUCAGGAGGGGUGAGCUCAAGUUAGGCGUUCUCGGGCUACGUGCACAAGCCCAACUGGUGGGAGCCCGGUGACACAGAGCUCUAGGAGACAGUGGGCCGCAUGGCCCCACAUGGGACCGGAGCCGCAGCAGGGAAAGCUCUGUUGCCUUAUGCCUGGACUCACUGAGGCCCGCCCAGCAAGGACCGUGGGUAGUCACAGCCACAUUCCCCUGUGGCCCACACCCAGGACUACCUGCCUCUCCACCUCAAGGAACAGGAGGACCCCACAUGGGAGAAGCCAUGGACAAUGAGAACUGUGGGAAUCCAGGGCCCCCAGUGCCCAAAACAGGAGGUGCUACUGGGAAGGACACAUCUGACAUUGGAAGCUUUAUUUUUGAACCUCACACAGACACAGAGGACAGAGGGCUGGACGCAGAGGCUGAAGGAGGCUUGUGCACGUGAGCUUGACAGUCCUGCUCCAAGGGGCAAACCUUCGGGCUGUUGCCCAUUGGUCCGUCCCUCCAGCUGCACCCAGUGACCACAUGCACCUGGCCCAAGGCAUGGCCAGGCCACUCUGGGCUGCAGAUCCACCCAAGAGCCUUUGACAAAUGAGGGUUUACAUUUCUGUAGGUCAUUUUGGAACUUAGUUUUCUAGGUAUUAAAACCACUUGGAUUUUUUAAGUACCUGGUGAAGUCAUCAGGUAAAUUAAAGGACUUUUGAAAAAAGA